AAUUAGCGGCGACCGGUUCCUGGGAUAACCUUGGUGUCUGAGAACGUGGCUACACCAUAGACAUAGAUGGGUUCACUUCUAAGGGCGAGUGAAUGACCUUCCCGGUUGCGGGUAAAGUGGAACGUCGGGGGGAGAUUCGGGGGUUACCCAAACAAGAAGGACGCUGCUACUUAUAAAGCGCAUCGCUUCCGCGGCGAGUGCCAGUCGUACGUGGACUUUUAACCCGAUAGUUUACGACGUUUUUGAGUGUAAUCACAUUUUGUCGUCUUUUCUUCGCCCAAGGCUGAUCGGUUUUACUGCCUCUUAGUGGGUCAGUUUUCGUGGCGUGGUUGCGCAGUGAUUGCUGUGCUCGCAGGGUGACUUCACGCACCUCCAACGCACCUCACGACGUGCCGCUAAAUUGCAAUUGUUGACGACAGACGCUCGUUCCUUAUCUCCGCUAAGUACCUGCCAAAGCGCGAAUUAUUUCUACUCUUUCCCAUAUAACCUACUCGCUUCCGUAUCCAAAUCGAAGAGAAUAAAUAAUAAAAUAUGGAACUGGUACGUCCAGACCUGCCAUCACGUUGCACGUGGAAGCCAAACGCCACGGAUAGUCCGCACACGCUACGUAAUCAAUGCAGUGAUCGUAAAAAAGUUUUGCCAGAUAUUUUAAGUGUAGUUGGACAAACUCCAAUGGUACGGCUGGAUAAGAUACGGAAAUUGUAUGGAAUCAAAUGUGAACUGUUGGCAAAAUGUGAAUUUAUCAAUCCGGGUGGAUCUGUAAAGGAUAGAAUUGGUGUUAGGAUGAUGCAAGAUGCAGAGGAAAAAGGAAUUUUGAAACCUGGUUGUACCAUUAUCGAGCCCACAAGUGGUAACACAGGCAUUGGAUUGGCCAUGGCAUGCGCAGUGAAAGGUUAUCGAUGUAUUAUUGUCAUGCCAGAAAAGAUGUCUAAUGAGAAGGUCUAUACACUUCGAGCAUUGGGUGCUGAAAUAGUUCGAACGCCAACAGAAGCUGCAUGGGAUAGUCCUGAAGGGCACAUAAGCGUAUCACAGAAAUUAAAAAGUGAAAUCCCUAACAGUGUGAUUUUAGAUCAGUAUACCAAUGCCGGAAACCCAUUGGCUCACUAUGAUGACACUGCCAUGGAAAUUUGGGAACAGUCUGAAGGGAGAAUUGAUUAUUUGGUAAUUGGAGCUGGUACUGGAGGAACGAUAAGCGGUGUAGGUCGCAAAUUUAGGGAAAUUUCACCAACCACGAAAAUAGUAGCAGUCGAUCCAGAAGGAAGUACUCUUGCAGAGCCAGCGGAGUUAAAUAAGACUGCCGUUACUUUUUAUGAAGUGGAAGGAAUUGGGUAUGACUUUGUUCCAACCGUACUGGAUCGGGAUGUAAUAGAUGCAUGGAUUAAAGUUAACGAUUGUGAGUCAUUAAACGCAGCUCGUACACUGAUACGCGAAGAAGGCUUGCUUUGCGGUGGUAGCAGUGGUGCAGCGUUAUCGGCAACUAUUAAAGUAGCAAAGGAUCUACCAGCUGAAGCACGUGUCGUGACAUUACUGCCCGAUGGAAUUAGAAAUUAUAUGACUAAAUUUGUUUCUGAUCAUUGGAUGGAAGCUCGAGGAUUUUUAGAACCACCUCCUCCCAUUCAAGCAAAUAAGUGGUGGUGGGACAAGCCUGUGUCAAGUCUCAAUUUGAAAAAUGCAGCUGUCCUGGUUAAAGGAGCAACUUGUCAGCAAGCAAUCCAGAUCCUUCAGAAGGAGGGAGUUGCUGAGAUUCCUGUUACAGAUGAAGAAGGCAAUGUUAAAGGCGUUAUUACAUUGUGUGCGCUCGUAACUAAUUUAAACUCGGGCAAAGUAAAGCAAACAGAUUGUGCGGAAAACAUAUUAGUGAAGCAAUUUAGAAAAGUGGCCCUUUCGACUACACUUGGCAGACUGUCACGUAUAUUCGAAAAGGACUCAUAUGCUGUCGUUCUUGAUGAGAAACACGAUGGGUCGGUGAUAGGAAUUGUCACUCGAAUAGAUUUACUGAGUUUCAUUAGCAGUUUUACUGAUAUUCCCCAUGUUAAUGGUGAAGCAUGAUAAAAUGGAACACUGGUAUAGUUUUGAGAAUCUAUAGAAUAAAUAUUGCACGCAAUUGUGCUAUUGUUUACAAUAUACUUAAGAACAGGAGUGUGCCAAAAAGGAAUUUGUAGUAUGGCACAUUCAAUUGAUAUAGUCUCAUUUAUAUUAAUUGAAUGAUAUUUCAUUUCUUAAAAUACAACUACUGCAAGGUAGCAAUUGAUUAUUGUUUAUAAAAUACAAAGAAAUGUCAUUUUUUAUCAUAACUCAUUUCACAGUACAAUUUGCUACAUCACAUUUAAAUAAAGCAUUUAUAACAAAUUCCUAAAUAGGAAUAGUUCUUAAUUAUACAUUAUUUUUUAAUUAAUAAGGUAUAAUUUAAUAGUGUAACAUCUUUGAAUAGUAUCUAACAGCAAUUUUAAUGGUUAUUAAAGUGUUUAUAAGUUUUUGAAGAUAACUUGAACACCAGUAUCAAUCAAGGUUUUGUAUAAUUAGUACUAACAAGUUCUGUAUUUCCAAUUUAAAUUUGUACUUUGAAAUACCUGCCUAAUCCUGAAAUGUCACGUUUGGCUAUGACUUAUAAACAUAUCCAACUAAUGUUGAUGAAUGCACUUUUCACCAGGUAAUUAAUUUAUAUAAUUGUAGUUCAAUGGGGACUGAUCCAUAAAUACUUUUAUUAAUAAACAAUCAUAUUCAUAUAAA